GUUCUUCUGUAAAGAAAACACACAAAUGUUUUAUUUUUUUAAACUCCAAAAGUAUGUUCACAGAAUGUGUUUUUCAGAGGCCGUAGAAUGUUUGCUUUUGGGACAAUGGUGUGUUCGAGUUGGGAAUCCUGUUACAUCACAGAACAAUGUCGAGCAGGUGCUUGCGAUGGGAGGGGCUUGCUGACAAAUGAUGUGGUCUACCUUCUCCUCAUCCCCACACGAAGAGUUCUGAAAAGAAAUAUUCUCGGAAUCACCAAGGAUCAGUGGUACCAAAUUUUAACAAUGAGCCAGGGAGACUUCAAAACCUGUAUAUUAGGUAUACGAGUCACGUUUCAAUAAAAUCUUCACAGUUCUUGUCACCCCUGUACCAGGAGACGGAAAAACUAAUGGGUCUUCAAACACUUCUAUCAAAUCUAUUGAUGUUCUGUUUCAAAGUAAUAGGAUAUUGAUCAUUUAACAAAUUGAAAAUGGGUUGUGCUUGUAUCAUACAGCAUAUCAAAGUGAAAAAUUGUUUCUUCAGUUGUAAAUUUCCAUGGACAGUGCUUAAGAUCCACACCACAGUAUAAUAUCCCACACCUACUGGACUACAGGAAUAUCAAGUUUUGUAUUUUGCCUUCUACAGACUAGAUUCUCUUUCAUAAAGCCUGCAAAAAACAGCUCUAUCAAGAUGGAUAAAUUCCGUAUGAUGUUUCAGUUCCUUCAGUCCAACCAGGAGUCCUUCAUGAAUGGAAUCUGCGGUAUCAUGGCGUUGGCCAGUGCCCAGCUGUACUCUGCCUUUGAGUUCAGCUGUCCCUGCAUUCCUGAAUACAACUACGCGUACGGCAUUGGACUCCUGAUUGUGCCACCCAUUUGGUUCUUCCUCCUGGGGUUCGUAUUGAACAACAACAUAUCCAUGCUAGCCGAGGAAUGGAAAAGGCCGACGGGGAAACGGCAAAAGGACCCCACCAUCCUUCGCUACAUGUUUGUUUCUAUCACGCAGCGCUCCCUGAUUGCGCCCGCGGUGUGGAUAGCUGUGACGCUGAUGGACGGUAAGAGCUUCCUGUGUGCGUUUAGUGUCGACUUGGACAUCCAUCAGUAUGGGAACGCCACCCUCAUCCAGGACAUGUCAGAGUUGGAGCGAAUCAAACUUUUGGCCAAGAUCCCGUGCAAGAAUAUUUUUGACCAGCCUGAGGUGAUAUCGAGAGAAGCUGCUGCUCGAUACAUUAAAUGUAUCUCACAGGGAUUUGGCUGGGUCUUCCUGCUGUUAAUGACUUUAGUGGCCUUCAUGAUCAGAGCCAUACGGCCUUGCUUCACCCAGGCGGCCUUUCUCAAAACCAAGUAUUGGUCGCACUACAUCGACAUAGAGCGGAAGAUGUUCGAUGAUACCUGCAAGGAGCAUGCCAAGAGCUUUGCCAAGGUCUGCAUCCACCAGUACUUCGAGAGCAUCAGUGGAGAAAUGCGCAGCUUCCAUCGCCAUCGCUCCAGAAAGGACGACAGCGACGACGAAGACGACGAGAAGAAGAAGAGUGACGAGGACAAACUUUUAGGGAUUCGCGCUCAGGAGGAUAUGAAUAAAGUUUUGUGGAACUGGCACACGUGUAAACCGCCUCUCGCCCUGAGAAAGGAGCAACCCGACGGCCAAGACAGUGAUAGACUUCAGGAAGAGGCCAGUGGGAGUCCUAAUGGUUAUGCCAAUGGACACACCCAUGGGAUGGCAAAGAAAGAAUGGGCGGUAUACUACAGCAAGGUUUGAACAUUUCAGUUAGUAAACAACACUUCAUAUCGAUUUUUUUUUCCAUUUAUGAGGAAUUUGUGUUUGGUGAUAAAGUCAAAAGGGAAAUCUUACUUGAAUUUUUAUUCAAAAAUUGUAUUUAUUUUAUUUGAGCAAUUUGUUGUUGCUUCCUGUGUUGGUGUGCGUUUUAAAUUAUUUUAAAUUGCCAUGAAGAAAUCUUUGCCCUUGAUAUAUAACUUGAAGCAUUCAGCAUGUUUAUAAAAAAGAAAUACCAAAAGAGGUCUGUUGGAAGUUUGGAAAGUGGACUUUUCUGGUUGUUGUCACAUUAGAUGCUUGCCUAUGAUCAAACAUAGGAGAUUUGAGAGCUAUGACCUUAUUUAAUCUUAACAAGUCAGGACACUGUAUAUGUAUGGUUAAACAUGCUUUGCAAACCAUGAAGAAAACUUGAAAAAAUAAAUGUUUUCUAUUAUAUCAUA